GCGACCGACCGAGCCUCCGCCCUGCCUCUCUGCUUGCGCGUGGGAGCCUCCCACAGUGCGGGGGCGUGCCCGCGGGGGUUAUUGCCGCAAGCCCCGCAAGGGAUCGGGCUCCGUGCGUGGCCAAGACGUGUGCGUGGGGCUGCGGGGUCACUCUGUGACUGCGGCUGUCUCUCCCCCCACCUGCGGGUGGAAGCGUCCGCGGGGGUCCAGCCCCUUUGUCUCACCGCCCCCCCCCCCCCACACACAGCAGGCAUCCGUCCUGGGGGAGGGGUCUGAUUUCUGAGCCUAGAACUAGGGCGGGCCCCAGUGGGGGGGAUGGGCGUGGUGUUCCUGAAGGUCCCGGGGCAGGGCGUGACCAGGAGGGCUUGACCCAAGGAGCGCGUCCCUCCCCCACCCACGCGCUUGCUGUGGCUUCUCGAAAUUCUGUCCUUCCUCUAGAGGAGAGCACAGAGGAAGAAGAAAUGUUUCCUGGGCUUCUCAUGGACAGCUCCCAGGAGUCAGUGACAUUCACAGAUGUGGCUAUGGACUUCACUCAGGAGGAAUGGAGGCAGCUGGAUUCUGCCCAGAGGAACUUGUACAGGGAUGUGAUGCUGGAGAACUAUAGGAACCUAGUUUCAUUAGGGCAUCCAGUUUCCAAACCAGAUGUGAUCUUCUUGUUGGAGCAAGGAAAAGAGCCCUGGAUGGUGGGGAGAUCAAUUUCAAGAAAUACCUUUCCAGAGCACACAUCAUUAUCUUUGGAAGAGAAAACAAGCAAAAUGACAUCCAGUCUGCCUUAGCCUGCUGGGAUUUUAUCAGGUUGUCUACCAUGCAAGAUCUGAGAACAGAACAGGAGAGGGAAUGUCCUCACAGCUUUCCUUAUGCCACCCAUAACCAGACUUUAUCUUUUGGACCAGAGCUUGUUCCUGCCCAGGACUACUUCACUCACCAUGGCCUUCUAUCACAUCCCACUGAGCACCCUAA